AUGGAAUUGGGGCGCAUACAUGUCCAGUAUCGUGCACGUCUCGUGGACGAUGCCACUACUGCGACGCCGCUGAAUUUGACGCAGCACUGGGGCUUCAACCUCGGAGCCUCAUCGGUCGCACAUCGCGGCACGGGUGUGGAUGGACAUGCGCUGCAGCUCGGUGGUGGAGCUCGGCCCUUGUACCGCCUCGUCUUGGACACGGAUGGGAUUCCGACAGGUGCAUUGGAAUCAUGUGCAGGCACACGAUACGACUGGUCACGGCCUAAUCAGCAGAUUCGGGCCGAUACCGAUUAUGACCAUUUUUACGUGUGGGGGCCAAGCACUGCAGCCAGCAACAGCGAAACAGCAGGGCGCAGGAAUGCCAUUGACCGUAACCCUGUCAUGGCCACGCUAAGUGGCCCCACUGGACUCACGCUUCGAUUCCGGACGAAUCAGACCGGCGUCCAAAUGUUCGUGCCACCAAACGCCUGCAAGGAGGGAGCGAGAAAGGUGCGACACCGUAUCGAACCAACCAAGCCUGAAUUAGAUGGACGGCAUCACGCGAUCUUUCUCGAGUUUUCUGCACCACAUGCCACAUUUCUGAGACCAACACUAUGGAAUUGGGCGGGUCAUGACACUCUCUUGAGACAAGGCGAAACAUAUCAAAGUGUGGUGACAGUGGAAUUGAGUCAACAGGUGCUAUAA